AUGAACAAAGGUGAUGCUGUUGAGGCGAACAAAGGUUGUUCGUCAAGUGCUCCGCCCCCUUGCUGGAAGAAUUUGCUCAAGGAGUUCGAAGAGUUAACGUCAGAUGAAGUGACUUCACUCUGGGAUUCCAAAAUCGACUUCAACUCUCUGGUGGAGACGAAUCUGGUUUUCGAGGCGGACCGUGAGAAGAUGAGGAAUAUUGGCUUGAAGGAAGCUUGUCAGGCUAUGAUGACUAAGGGUUUGGAGAUUGCUGCUAUCUCCAAGAUGAUUGAGCUCGAGUCUGCUGGAUUUGAUGGCCUUGCCAGUGCCAAACUUGUUGAAGGGAAAGAAAAAGAAAUUGGAAAGAUGAAAGCAACACUGAAACUGUUGGAUAAGUCCAACAAGGCUAAUGAGAAGAAAGCCGCUGACUUGGCUUCAGAAAUUGGAAGUUUGAAGAAGACCGCUGAAGAAAACAAUGCUUCUAUUCAAGCAUUGACUAAAGAAAAUGAGAAGACAAAGGCUGAUCUUACUCAAAUGACUACUGUGCGCAACCAAGUGCUUGAAGAAAAUUCCAAUUUAAAAACAGAAGUUGCUGAACUGAAGUGCUCUGUCUUAGAUCAACUGGAAGCUGGCUUCGCCAAGGCGAUACAGCAAAUCUCCUUUCUCAAUCCUGACCUGGCUAUCAACUAUGAGGGAUCAAAUCCCUACGCCCGAAUUGUGGAUAACAAAUUGAUUAGCCCGGAUAACGCGGAUGGAGAAGGCGAAGAUGAAGAUGAAGAUGAAGAAGAGGAAGAAGGAGAAGGAAAAAAGAACGAAGAAGCAAAUGUCAACAACAAAGAAGGAGAAGGAGAAAACAACUAA